UCUAUACCAAUGAUAUUAGUUAUAUCGAUACUUAUUUUGCUACUAAAAAAAAAGAUUUUGAUAUAAAUAAUCUUGAAUCAUCAUCUUCAAAUUUAAUACGAUCUAGGCUUAUACAUGUUCAUCAGAGUAUAGCUAAAUACUCAGAAGACAUUUCUAAAACUUGCUCUUCACUAUCAAUAGCUUUAGAAAACUCCGAAAUUGUAUAUCAAAAUAGUCUGUUAAACGAUAAUACCAAUCUAUUAAAACACAAAAGAUCUGAUGAAUUCAAUGAAUUAGUUAUUAAUUCAUAUGAAAUGGGAAAUAUAGAAUCUAUUAAUGUUGAUAAUAUUGAAGAUAAACCAAAAACAAAUGAAAAUAACUUUUUUAAAUCAAAUCAAGAAUUAAAAAAAUUAGCAAAAAUUAAUAAGUCUCAAAAAAAUCUUAUAG